CAAUUUUCUUAACUUUAAAAGAAAAUUAAAAUAAAUUUAAUUAAAUUUAUAGUAUAUCAACAUUUGUUUCGAUAUAUUUGAAGAAAUCAGAAAAGAACAUAAGAAAACUUUUAAAGAUAACUUUAAUCAACAAACAUGAAUCUUUUUUGUCCAAUUUGUUCUGAACUCCAAUUAAAGACUGAAAACAUAAUAUCAACACAAUGUGGACACAUAUUUCAUCGAAACUGCUUAGAAAAUUGGCUCAAAACAAGUUCCAGAAGUUGUCCAACGUGUCGCACUGCAACAAAUAGCCAUAAUCUCAUAAAAUUAUUUUUUGAAGUUGACGAUAAUAAAGGAGCUUUAAAUUUCGAUGAGAUUCUUAAAACAAAUGAUGAAAUAUCAAAAGAAAUGAAACUACUGAAAGAUGAAAAAGCGAAACAACAACAAAAAAUAUUAAAUUUAGAGCAAGAACUAAAAGACAAUGCUGAGAAGAUCAAGAAAUAUGAACGUCAGAAGCAAUUAGAUGAUAUGGCAUUGGCAGGACUUAAAAGUAUAAGAAAGGAUUCUCAAGAACAAAUUGUUAAAUUAAAUGAAGCAAUAAAAAUUCUAAAGCUUGAUUUGCUUGGAGAGAAACAAUUACGACGAAUGCAUCAGGAACGUUUACAUUACUUAGAUCCAAGCAAUGACAAUUAUAAUACUGCAUGUAUCGAUGUUGAUAAAAAAACUCUAGAAAUUGCAUCGAAAAUAAAUCUUAAUAAUCAAUCAAGUUCGUUGGCAACUACGAGUAAUCUGAAUAAGGCUGAUGUGUCAUCGUUUCAAAUUAGUCCUGAAGCUCAAGAACCAAAAGCGGAUUUUAAAAAAUCUCCUCCGCUGAAUUUUAUAAUUCCAAGUAAAAUUCAAAAAGGUUCGAACAAAGAUAAUUCUUCAUCAUCAGCAAGCAAUGGAUUUGGAUCUUCUCGGCAACAAAAUCAUCAGCAAAUCUUAAAGAGACCAUGCAUUCAAAUGAACAAGAAACCGACUGGAUUCUCAUAUAACACUUCAAGUCAGCAACCUAUAGCAGGAUUUAAUUUUAAUUUUGAUAACAGUCAAAAUUCACCUCAGCCUCAACCAUCAACAUCGACAAACACUCUUCCCAACAAGACUCAAAAUAGAACCUUUGGAGAAAAAGGAACAUUUUCACAACCGAUUAAACUUCCAAAUUCAACUGGUGAUAAUAUCAGCUGCAUAGGAUUUAAUUUAAGCCAUGAUGUGCCGACAUUUACUUCAGCAUGCUCAAGUCCUUCUACAUUCUUAUCCACUGCUUUGAACGAUUCAUUACGACCUUUUAAUUUUUCAUCAUCAAAUAACUCUUCUGGUUCGUACCGAAUGUUAAAUGGUCAUGGACCAAAGAGUUCUGAUCGUUAGAAUGCUUACUAUGAAUUUAAAUGUAAUAAAUUAAAGAAUUUAUUUUUGUUA